AUGGACGUCCUUGGGGACAGACAAUUUGAGCUUGAGUGUCUUACGGCCGUUUUACCUCGUCUCGCAUCCAUGCUGGUUUGCCCUGUGGGAGACCCGGAUGCACUUGACAUCCCUACGUCACGCACUUACGCUGAGGCGAUCGCGGGUGAGUACUCCUCUCAGUGGCAGACAGCCAUGGACGUGGAAAUGGCUUCUUGGAAGUCCACAGGCACCUACGUUGACGAGGUUCCCCCUCCUUGGGCGAACAUAGUCGAUGGCAUGUGGAUCUUCAGGGUGAAGCGGCCGCCAGGUUCUCCACCUGUCUUCAAGGCUCGUUACAUUGCUCGAGGCUUUAGUAAGCGACAGGGGAUCGAAUUGUUCCAGACCUUCUCCCCCACCCCGAAGAUGACUACUCUUCGGGUGUUGCUGCACGUUGCAGCACAGCGUGACUACGAGCUGCACUCCCUCGACUUCUCCACAGCUUUCUUGCAGGGCAGCCUUCACGAGGAGAUCUGGCUGCGCCACCCACCUGGCUUCACUGGGUCGUUUCCUGCUGGUACCCAGUGGCACCUCCGGCGGCCGGUCUACGGUCUCCGCCAGGUGCCACGUGAGUGGCACGACACACUGAGGACGACACUUGCGGCUCUUGGGUUUGCUCCUUCGACUGCUGACCCAUCGCUGUUUCUACGCACCGACACUUCUCUGCCGUCGUUUUACAUCCUUGUGUACGUUGACAACUUGGUUUUUGCUACUGCUGACACUGAGGCACUGACCCUCGUGAAAGCACGGCGCACCAUUACUCUGACUCAGUCACACAUGGUGCACCAGGUCCUUCAGCGCUUCGGCUUCCAGUUCUCCUCGCCACAGCCCACUCCUCUGCCUACAGGUCACUCGCUCUCAGCUCCACCUUCGGACGAGUCCGUAGAGCCGAGUGGUCCGUAUCCAGAGCUUGUGGGUUGCCUCAUGUACCUGAUGACCUGCACACGCCUUGACCUCGCGUACCCUCUCAGCCUCAUGGCUCGCUACGUGGCUCCCGGCAGACACCGAAAGGUGCACUGGGAUGCUGCUAAGAGGGCGUCUCAUCGGUCGUCACAAGGCUACACCUUCAGUCUUGGCUCUGGCUCUGUCUCGUGGAGGUCCACUCGUUCGUCUUCUGUUCUAGUUCCAGCUGUGAGGCUGAGAUCUAUGUUGGGGCUAUGA